AUGGAACGGUAUGAUCGAGCCAUAACUAUUUUCUCGCCAGAUGGUCAUUUAUUUCAAGUUGAAUAUGCUCAGGAAGCAGUUAAAAAAGGAUCGACUGCUGUUGGUAUACGGGGAAAAAACUGUGUAGUAAUUGGUGUCGAGAAGAAAACUAUUCCAACUUUACAAGAUGAUCGGACAAUUCGCAAAAUUCAUAGCAUCGACGAGCAUGUUAUGCUGGCUUUCGCAGGCCUUAGUGCCGAUGCGCGUGUUUUGGUCGAUCGAGCUCGCAUCGAAUGUCAGUCGUAUAAGUUAACAUUGGAGGAUCCAGUUACCGUCGGUUAUAUUGCACGGUUUGUCGCGAAUACUAAGCAGAGAUUCACGCAGAGCCCAGGGCGACGUCCAUUCGGCAUAUCUAUGUUAAUUGGAGGUUUCGAUUAUGAUGGUACGCCUAGACUUUUCAAAACUGAACCAUCUGGGGCUUAUUACGAAUAUACGGCAAAUUCAACUGGUCGAGGUGAAAAACCGGUCAGGGAAUAUCUUGAAGAACAUUACAGUGAAGAAACAACUGCUGAUGAAGCCAGUGUUUUAAAACUUGUCGUUAAAGCUCUUUCCCAAGUUGUACAAAGCGGUGCUCAAAAUAUCGAAAUUGCUGUGAUGAGACCGAGUGAUAAAUUAGGUCAUGUCGAUUAUCGCAUAUUGCCUGUGGAAGAAAUAGAAGAACUUAUAAAAAUUGUCGAAGUUGAGAGAGCUGAAGCUGAAGCCGAAGAAGCAUCCAAAAAGGGUCCACCGACGAAAUAA